AACAAACGCCGGCCGUUCACGUCCUACUGUAUCUGCAAUCACCUGCAGGUCUGCUAUGUAAAAAAGCAGAAGAUAGCCAUCAAUUGAGCUUGAACUGAAAAGGGGAAUCACAAUGAGCAGGUUUUAUCCAACCCAAAGACAACGGGAGGCUAAUGAAUAUUUUGCUAGCUUAAGUGAGAGAGACAGAAAAGCAAAAGCAAAACGGUUUCACAGUUUUGUCCUAACCAAGCACUGCAAUAAAAAGAUGUCUCAUUCACAACUUCUCGAGAUAUUUAAUGAAUUCUGCAACGUCUUCCUCGAUGAUCGCCCUGGACCAACGUGUAUGAGAUUUAGAAGCUACCUGUUUCUGCUAAAAAAGCUAAGUGCACUUGAAGAAGAAACAACAUUUCUAGAAGAAAGAAGAUAUACCAUACUAUCGUGGCCAAAAGAAUUAUCAGCUAGGGAACAGCUCAUGAGGUACAUGUCAGCACAUCAGUUCCAGACAACAAACAUGUCUACUGGUACACAAUCACUCAACAAAUCACCCAGUCUUGCUCAAACGAUUGUGAGCCUUAUUAACCAUCACAGAGAAGCACUUAUGAGUGACAAGUGUGAAGUUCAAGUAACAAGCUCACAGGAUGCAAAAAUCAGAUUUCCACCGGUUGUCAUUCGAGCUACAGUUGGACGUGUGAUUGCAACUGCUGCCAAACCAGAAAGUAUUGACAUUGAAAUUCUGAACAAGUCUAAACUUCAUUCCAAGAAACUGUUGCGAUGUGGCUUCAUUGACCCAUCUUCAUGUUUUGUACUCGAAGACAGUAUGCAUAUCUCCAGUGGGUUUACUUCAUCUGCUAAAUUACUACCAGGAACCAGCUAUGUUGUCACUUGCACGUUUGCUCCAAAGCAUAUCGGUGUGUACAAAGGCACACUAGCGUUCGAGUUGCAAGAUGGAGAAAGUGGAAACAAAUUUCACAUCAUCCGAUUUGUGUCUGGAUCAGCACAGGCAAGUGAGAGAGACAUGCGGUUGGUACAACCCAAAUCACAAUAUGUACCUUUCAAUCCAAAGCCAAGGCGAAAAGGACUUACGAUUAUCGAUGGUGAAAGACCUCCUGGGCCCCAUCAUAAAAUUCCAAUGGUAAGAGAGCUGGCUGAAUACAGAAUACCCCCAGAGAUCAAUGAACACAAGAUCAACGAAAAAGUGUUAGAAGAGCUGACUGCAGAUCUUCAAAACUCCCACAGCAAACGUUUCCAUACGUUGUUACACAUUGAAGAAAAGCAAAUGUACCGUGACAUUAGACGGUACGAUAGAAAGAAAGAAUUAUCACAAACUCCUGGAGGUUAUCUCACACUAAAGGUGGAAGGUCUAGCAGAAAGUAGACCGUCGCUUCUAAAAGGAGAUCACAUACUUGCAACCUGGGAAUCUCAUCACUACGAGUACAAAGGUUAUGUCCACCGAGUCUACCAAGAAGAAGUUUGGUUGAAGUUUCAUCCAAGCUUUCACAAACAAUUUAUCCGUGGACAAAAAUAUGAUAUUCGCUUUACCUUCAAUCGCCUUCCACUACGUUUGCAACAUCGAGCCCUAGACCUCUCCGACAAGACAUUACCUCGAGAGCUUCUAUUUCCAACAAUCAAUGCAAUUACCACCUCCUCUAUACCAGUUCUAUGGAAUCCAAAGACGAAACCAUUAACUUUCUAUGACCGAGACGUUGAAUCAAACAGGGAACAAGGUCAAGCUGUGGAGAUGAUUGUAUCCGGACAUUCACGACCAGCUCCUUAUCUCAUAUUUGGACCUCCAGGAACAGGAAAGACAAAGACAACAGUAGAGGCAAUGAAGCAAGUUCUCAAAUGCAUUCCUGAAAGCCGAAUUCUGGCCUGUGCCCCAUCCAAUAGUGCUACAGACUUACUGUGCGAGCGCCUAUUGACGCACGUGCCAAAAGAUCAAGUGUUGCGUCUCAAUGCAUUCAGCCGUCCUCGGAGUACAGAUAUACCAGGCACCGUGAUGGAGGUAUCGUGCUAUGACGAUGACACAGGAUCAUUUGAAAUGCCUCAGCUGGCUAAGCUCAAACAAUAUCGAGUAAUACUUUCCACACUUAUCACUGCUGGCAGAUUGGUAUCUAUUUCCUUGCCAUCGAAUCACUUUUCUCACAUUUUCAUUGAUGAAUCUGGUCAUGCUGUGGAGCCAGAAUGUCUGGUUCCAGUUGCCGGUCUUCUUAACACCGACAACCCUAAAGGUGGUCAGCUCGUCCUCGCUGGUGACCCAAAGCAACUUGGUCCAGUUCUGAGGUCCCACAUAGCCAUUAAGCAUGGAUUACAGACAUCGCUUCUGGAACGUCUAAUGACACAAUGUGAUGUGUAUCAGCGCAAGUCGUCCUCACACUAUAACCCUCAUGUUUUGACAAAAUUACUACAAAACUAUCGAUCGCAUCCUGACAUACUUUGCAUCCCAAACGAGACGUUUUAUAACAAUGAGCUGAAAGUUAAAGCCGAUCCAUUGGUGAGAACCUCUCUAUGCAAGUGGGAGCAUCUGCCAAAGCAAGACUUUCCCAUCAUCUUUCAUGGUAUCGAAGGCGAAGACCAGAGAGAAGAAAACAGUCCAUCAUUCUUCAAUCCUCAAGAAGCCAUCGUCGUCCAUAGCUACAUCGCACAGCUCAUUGAAUCUCGAGAAAUCAGAGUGAAUGCCAGAGAAAUAGGAGUCAUCUCACCAUACAGAAAACAAGUUGAGAAAAUUAGAACUGUGCUUAGAGCAAAAGGGUUUGAAAGUGUAAAGGUGGGAUCAGUAGAAGAAUUUCAAGGCCAGGAGAGAAGAAUUAUAAUCAUUUCAACAGUGAGAAGCAAUCCGACUUUCUUAGCCAUGGACCGUGACUACAAGUUGGGAUUCCUUGACAAUCCCAAGCGUUUCAACGUGGCAAUAACACGAGCAAAAGCUCUACUAGUUGUUGUGGGGAAUCCAAAACUUCUCAGCAGAGACAAAAACUGGAACACGUUCCUUCAGUUUGUUUGUCGUAAAGGAGGUUACGUGGGUAUUGAGUUCAAGGAUGUUUCGGUUGCAGAUCAGGCCUUGUUAGACAGAAUUCAAGAGCUGGAAUUACACAGAGAGGAUACGUAUACUGCAUCUGCAGGUGAGCAGGACAACGAACCGACCUCAUCAGAAACAGAAUGGAGAAAAGAAGAAUGAUGCAAAGGGCACACAUGUACUAUGGAUACCUGCAGAUCGUGUGUAUGUGUGUGUACGUUCGUAUAAAAGUGGGUUUGCAUGUAGGAGUAACAAUUAUUGCACAUAGGCACACUGCAUGUGCACUCUGUUGUAGACGACAGCACAAGUAUGACGCAGGCACUAAAAUGCAUUUGAAUGUAUGAAGUGGUUUGCUCAAUCUAAUGAAAUACGAUAACUAUCACCCAUAUGAAAUAUAUCCUCAUGUAUUAAA